ACUAGAGAACGUCAAGAAUGCCCGAAUAUCUUGUGCUUCUGGCGCAGACGCAUGAGUCAUUUAGGAAGGCGGAGUUGGAGGCUCUUGCUGUUCUUGAGAAUAUCAGUGUCGAUCUGAGUUCUCACGACGAGAAGAGCCCAUUCCUAUACGUCACAUUACAGGACGACGAUGAAGCAAAGCGUCUGAUCCAGAGAUCCAUUUUGGCGCGUGCAGUCUACGAGCUGUGGGGCAAAGCUGACUCUGAGAAUGCUCUACACGAAGAUGUCCGUCACAGAUCAUCUUCGAGAUUUGAAAAGUACAAAACCCCAUCGUUCAAAUUCGACUUUAUCAGUCAUCGAGGUUCUCGUACAAAAUCACAACAAAGAGAUAUGUUUGAAAGCUUCGACUACCUAGGAUUCGACGGACCGAUCAAGAUGCGUGAUCCUGACGAGAUCUUUACCAUCAUCGAAGAAUACGAGCCAGCCUAUCACAGCAACACUGAUCCACCUCGUCUGAGCCAUAUAUUUUUUGGAAGAUUUAUUGGAGAAAGCCAGCGCGAUGUUGUCGACAAGUACGAUCUCAAGAAGCGACGCUAUAUCGGGACCACAUCGUUUGAUGCAGAGCUGGCAUUAAUCUCAUGUAAUAUUGCUCUUGCCGGACCUCAAAAAAUUGUGUAUGAUCCAUUUGCGGGAACUGGCAGUUUUCUGGUUGCUGCUAGUCAUUUCGGCGCCAUGGCUCUAGGAUCUGAUAUUGACGGCCGUCAGAUUCGGGGGAAGAAAGCGCGCAAUAUCACUACAAAUUACGAUCAAUACAAGCUCCAAUCGUUCUUUCUCGAUACCUUCGUCGGAGACUUUACUCAUAAUCCGAUCCGUGCAUCUUUCAAGCUCGAUGCGAUUGUAUGCGAUCCUCCGUACGGUGUUCGCGAAGGACUAAAAGUACUUGGCUCUCGAGACACGGAACGCUAUGCGGACAAGAAGCCUACGGUUUUGGAAAACGGAGAUCUGUCGCAUCUGCGUCCCGACUACAUUCCCCCGAAAAAGCCUUAUCACUUCGAUGCCUUACUCGACGAUCUUCUCGAGUUUGCAGCGCGCAAUCUAGUGGACGAAGGCCGGCUCUGCUGCUGGAUGCCUACCGCCAACGAGGACUAUGGCGAACGAACUAUCCCGAAGCAUCCGGAGUUGGAGCUGAUUUCAAAUUGUGUGCAGGAGUUCAAUCGCUGGUCGCGCAGGCUGCUGACCUAUGUACGAAAAGUUAGAGAAGGAGACGACGCCGGUCUGGUGUCUAGUCAUCGGGAGAAGAAGGUCUAUUCGCAAGUGCAGUUCCGCGAUAAAUACUUUAGCGGGUUUUCUGCGACAGCGAAUAGUGUAGUUUAGUUUAUUUCUAUCAGGAGUUUUCGGUAUUAAUGUAAAUAGUCUGCUGUAACAAGAUCUCAAAUAGAAAAAGGGCCAGGAACCUUCAGCAGCGUGCGGCUCAAGAAUGAAAACAAAGACACCGAUAAGCCGGGCAGAGACCAAUGAACGCGUAUUGAGCUCAGGCUGUCGCGACGAGUAUCGAGAGAUUUAGAGGAUCGUUGAGAUUCAGAGGCUCUUGUUAUUGUUUGCUGUUGU